AUGACUGAUCAGACUCCCCCAGGCCACUCUCCAGCAGGAUCUCUUCGUAUCUCACCUGGCACAAAAGGCUACUUGGUUCGAUACAUCGACUCGCCAGGUUCUCCAAGUCUGGAAGGCGGCCUCUACAGACAUAGGUCAACGCGUGGUCCCGCUCUCAGACUUGAUACGCAGGACUUUGACCGGGUGAACUCUCCAUUCGCCUUGCUAACGGAUUCGGCUACCCGCUUCCAGCUGCCGAAGAUCUCGCCAUCUGAUUUCGGACCUCAUGAGAGUGUCCAUACAGAAGAGGAGCUAGCACACGAGGAAAUAGAGAGUGAAAACCGCUCUGACCUUGCUCGUGACUCCAGUGCUCUCAUUUCUGACUUGCUGGGUCAUCUUGAAGAGGAGGCAGCUCUUUCGCCAGGGCCUACUCAGAAGUCGUCAACCACAUCCUCAUUCUGCCCUUCUACCUACUACAGCAUUGAAGAAGAGACUGAAUCCGAGACUGAGAUAGACAGCUUGCUCAGAGAAUCCGAUCAUCUUCCUGUGACACCUGAAGAGAGUCCACCUCUAGAAGUGAAUACCCCUGGCUGCACUCUCAGUCAGUCGUACAAAGAGCUUGUGGAAGAGUUCCCUGUGGAUGAUAGUCCCGAGACUGUGAUCGGUCAAAAGGACAGCAUUGAUACGCAGUCGGUCGACAGUUUUGUCUUUGACGCCGGGAUCGAGGCUGACCCUCCAGCUACCCCAAAGAGGAAGCAACGCAAGAACAGUCCUGCUGCGCCUGUUCUGUCACCAUCAUUCCUCGGCCCUUUUCCCACUCCUUUCUCCCAUCGCCAGUUCAUUGCAUCCUCAUCCUCCGGGUCUUUGCGGUCUCGAAGUUCACCGUCCGUUCCCGAUCUUACUUCGCCCUCUCCGAAAGGCCGACUGAGCCUGAGAAAGAGAGAUAGUGGGCGCUCCAGGUUACAUCUUUCCGAUAUUUUCAAGCAGCGUCAGGCUUCAAACAGGCACUAA